CGUGAAUGCCGUGGGCUUCGAUUCCGAAAUUGUGCCAUGUUCUAUAAUUUCAUAGCCCAAUACGUUAAUUGGGAAGUUGUCAAUUAACUAAUCGAAUGUUGCAAUUUGUCGUGCAAGUGAUGUCCAUCUGAUCGGGUAAUCCAGCUGACGUGACCGAUUUGCGACAUCUGUGACAUGCGAUCUUUAAUAAAUAGUAUAGCUUUAAAAAAGAGCGAAAAUGCAACCACUACAUAUUGACUGUUUCUAGUGCUUAUGGCAUAGGCGGUCAAGUUAAAGAGAUCAUCGGAUCACUCAGCCCCAAACGACCAGACAUGAUCACAUAGCCACGUUGACCAAAUAAAGAAGACGACGACGACGGUAAGCAUGGGCGUCAAAAAUUUUCACCAUGCAUAUAUCUUGUUUAUAGAGUUGUUUAAUGUGUGCCGGCUCAGUGAUAAUGUAGCUAGUUGUCACCAACACUCUUUUUACUUAUCAGAUUUUUUUGUCUUCUUUUUUUCCUUGCCGCAAAUUACUGGACUACAUACGUGGCGCAAAUUUUACGCAGAAGGCAUCUGACAGUGAAGACGUAAUCCGCCAACUGCCUUUCCUAACGGGGACAGACUGAGAGCAUGGACUGCUGGACGUCAUGGUAUACCUUUAACAACAAGCCCAGCAUACAAACCAUGGCAAGUGCCUCCUUUACAAUACAUACAAUAGCGCUGAUGACAUGCCUGCUCGCCAUCCUCAAAAGCGACGACGCAGCAGUUUACCUGAAACUAAAAGCUAUAGAGUGCACGUCACCAGAUGGAAUGGCAGCGAAAGCAUUUUGCUUUUUGUUUGAGAGCUUUGACUGCCAUCAGCUUUCGCUGCUAUUCCAUCUUCACAGAGUGGAAUGGUCGUCUUUUUUUUUUCUUACAGAAAUUUUUAUUGUCGCUGUGUUCGGAAUGGUUAUCACCUACAUAAGCAUCCUCACGGACCUCUUCCUUCUCGUUGGAAUUGAAGAUAACUGCCGGAUGGCGAUGAGCCUGUUCACUUGGUGGAACAGCUUCUGCAUAUCACUCCAAAGUAUGCUGGCAGUCGGCGUUCUCACCAGCAAGGUCACCAGGGAAAAUUUCACAGUGAUUAUCCGCUGGCUGUUACUGACAAUUGUCGUCCUGAUGAUUAAGAGUCACUACACACGUCAAGUGCAUGCCUACUACCAACAUGUGAAGCCCCUGAACACCUUACAAUCAAUGAUCAAGGAGACUGUGAGGAUAACUGCCUCAAACUCGGAGCAGCAAAACAAGCCAGGACAAUCCUAAAGCAAGAAAGGUGGCUUAG